UCAAAUUGAGCCUUUUCUUUCCUGUGCGCGAGGAUGCGCCAGCCCGUCCCCGCCCCACUGCUGCCCAUUCCUCUCAUCCCAGCGAACGACCCUCCAGCACGCCAUCCGCUUAGCCGCCCCGGAGCAUUGCCAUCGUCGCCAUCGUCGCCGCCACCUUCUAUCCCGGUGUGGAGCGGGAGAGAACCCGUCUGCACUCAGAAGCUGGUUUAAUCCGGUGGGAGCACAAGUCGUGUCUAAAAUAUUCAGAUUGCUAAGAUGUUGGGUCAUGGUCUAGUAACUGAUCCCUCAAGAACCUUACGAUGUCCAGUUAAUUCAAGGGUAUCAAGUGCACCCUUGGGGCUUGUUUCUUCGUUGAAUUUCAACAGGGGAUGCAAGGGAAAGAACAAAAUAUUCAAUGUGGAUAGACACACCAAGUAUAGUACUUCUUUCUGUUAUGCGCCAAGAAAUGCCAGAAUCACACCACUAGCAACUGCAUCAUUUGGGGAUAUGGCUGAUUCUUCAACUCCUAUCUUUCCCCGAAUCCAUGUAAAAGAUCCAUAUCAGCGUCUCGGAAUCAGCAGGGAAGCAUCAGAAGAAGAAAUUCGAGCUGCUAGGAACUAUCUGAUAAGCAAGUAUGCAGGCCACAAGCCAAGUGUUGAUGCAAUUGAGUCUGCCCAUGACAGGAUUAUCAUGCAGAGUUUCUUUGAUAGGAAAAAACCAAAAAUGAAUCUCAAGAAAAAAUUUAGGGAACUUAGUCAGUCACGUGCAGUGAAGGCUAUUCAAGGCAGAUUUCAAACACCACGUAGCAAAGUCAUUUGGCAGACAGCUAUUGCUUUUGUCUUGCUUGGAGUGCUUACCCUUGCUUUCCCUACCGAAGAAGGGCCAACCCUCCAGGUGGCCAUCUCUUGUGCAGCAAAUAUCUAUUUCAUUUAUCAGAGGGUCAAAAGUGGAUGGCGAGCAUUCUUUUAUGGUGGUCAAUGGUAGAGCUUGGACUUAACAACUAAGCACUUUAGUUUGGAAAUAAAGCUUAUUGUAAACAUAUAUAUUUUAGCAUUGUAGGUUAGCCUGCAGAUAUAUUGUUAUGAUAUUUACAAGUUAGGGUUUUAGCUGUGCAAUAGAAGUGAAGAGGCUACUGAAUGCAGUAUAAAAUAUAGUAAAAUGCACCCUAAGUGGAUCUGAGAUAUUCUUGGACUGGUGGGAAGAGGCUUCUGAUGUUGUAACAGGGCUGAUCAAGAAGGGGGGUGUACUCCCUAAUCAUUCUGGGGGCUUGGGUAAUAUGGAAACAUCGUAACAGAUGUGUUUUUGAUCAUUUGCCUCCAAGCCUGAACCUGCUUCUUCGGCUUGCUGAUGAUGAAACAAGGAAGUGGGUUGUGGUUGGGGCCAAGGGAUUGUCUCACCUUGCUGCUCCUCUGCUAGUAUUCUAAGUGGUGGUUUAGUUUUUUACCUUAUGGAUUGUUUCUUGAAUGCUUGUUUUUGGCCUCCCUAAGGGGCACUUUGUGUAGUUUUUUGGGCGGUCUUUUGGCCAUGUAACACUUCUGCUUAAUGAUAAUGAUGCGCAGUUCUCCUGCGCUUUCGAGAGAAAAAAUGCACCCUAAGUCCAACUUUUAAUGGAUUCUCAGUUGGGUGCUUGAGCUAAAAAAAUGACUAUCUUGGUCCUCAAUAUACUGCUAAUUCUCACUUGGGUUCUCGAACUAAAAAGUGACCAUAUGGGUCCUCAAUCUACAAUGGAGCUCGACUAAAGGUCCAAGCUACCAACAGCUGCCUACGUGGCUGUGUCGAUUAAAGUUGCAAAAAAAAAACUCUCUAUCUCUCUCCCCUUGUAACCCCCUCUCUCUUGUAGUUCAUCUCUCUUUGUAUGUUAUAUGGCCGCUGAGUGUGUGCCUCUAGAGUGCAGAUGUAGCUACAUGGUUGGCAGACCGUGUAGGCAAGUCAUGCAGGCGAAGCCACGAGGCAGGUGUGGGAAUAGGGAUGGCGACGGGUCGGGUGGAGCAAAAACCCGCUCGCGAUCGCAUCCGUGAAGUCUACCUAAACCCACCUACGAUCACACUCGCGGGUGCAAUUCCAAACACCCGAACACGUCAAGUUUUGGGUGGCCAUCCACAUGUUUUUACUUAGUGUACAAUUUUUAACAAUAAUUCAAGUAUCAACAAUAAUUGAGUUGUAUCUAUGGAUUUUAAGCUUUCUCACGUUGAGCAACAACAAAAUAUUUCAUGAAUCGUUAGCCACGUUACUUAUUCAAAAUAAUUACUAUUGUAUAUUAAUCAUUUUUGUGCAAAAUAAAGAAUGAACCAAAUUUCGAGUUGGGUGUAGAUCACCCGCGGGUUGAGGUAGAAACCCGCAUCUGCACCCGCGAAACUUCAGGUCGGGUGCGGGUGCACCCGUGGCGUGGGUCAAAAUCUUCACCCAUACCCUCACCUGUCGGGUUUUCGGUUUGCGGAUUAAAUUGCCAUCCCAAUGUGGGACCAACAGGAGACAGAGGAGGGACCGAACAUGGAGGAGAUGGGUCGGUGUUUGGUACCGACGGCACACUACGAGGUGUACCAUGUGCUGCUUUUGGGAGGACGGCGAGGUCGAUUGUAGGACAUGACAGAACAAUGAUAUAUACAUGUUCGGGUCGCUUGAGCGCGUAAUACCCUACGUUCUGUGAGUUUGUGGAUGUGUAUUGCUCGGUGAUUGAGGAUUACAGAGGGUUCUGAGGUGGAAGAUGAUGAGUACGCUAUUGUGGUGUCUCUCGUUUUUGUAGGGGUUCCCCCCUCAGUCUUAUUGCCGAGCGAAGCGGAGUUACAAUACAACGCAUGACUUGGUACGUGAUCUCUAUUCGCCCGCCUCUGCUAGAGUCGUGCCGAGUUUCUUAGUGGUCGGCGAAUCCUUAGGAGGUUCGCACGUCCCCUACAUGUGCGGAACGCGGCUGAGGAGUCUUCACGCCCACACAACGUCUUCCUCGCUCGCUCCCGGUAGCGCCCAACUGAAGUCCCCCAGGGAGGGACACACACCCGGCCCAUUAAAGGCCUUUUAGGCGGCCGACAGAAGAUAACCAAGCCGUGGUGACCCGGGGGAUAUCUAUCCCCCACAAUGGGGGAGGAAGGGGAGGUUCUGCAAGUUUUACAUAGCCUCAUUCACGGUGGCACAUCCUCAGACAUAUAGAGGUCAUGUGAUGGGAUUUGGACCUCUACUUAGGUGCGACAUUAGUUGAAGUACCUAUGUUGUCUCUAGCAGCGUCCUCUAUAUUCAUGAUCUAUAUCUAUUUUUACAAUUUCUUCUAAAAGGUUCUCUCCUCUAUAUCUCGUUCCUCUCCUGUUGCUCUCCAGCAGCGCCCUCUAAAUCUCGUCCUAUAUACAUAAAUAACUGUAUUAGAGGCAUGUUUUAUUUUAUUAUACAUACUUAUUUGUCAUACCCUUUAAUUUUUAAUACAUAUUUUAGUUUUCUUAAUAUGUUGCUUAUAUUGAAAUGGAUGAGGAAAGGAGAGAGUCUUUAUAUAUAGAGGGUGGACUUCCUCUAUAUUUAGAGGACACUGUUGGAGGGGAUAGGGACAAAAUCUCCCUUAUAUUUACAACACCCUUUAGGGCUUGUUUGGUUAUUCCUAUCCCAUGUGGAUUGGAUGGGAUCGGAAAAAAAUAUGAAAGAUUUUGACUUGUUUGGAAUUUAAACUCACUCAAUCCCAUCCAAUCUACAUGGAUUAAGAGCAAAACGAACAAGCCCUUAGAGGGCCUUGUUGGAGACAACCUAGAUGGUAACCCACAUUAGAUUGAUGACCCAGAUAGUCACCUUUUUAGUUCGAGGACCUAAGUGAGAAUUGAUGAAAAGUUUAAGAACCCAUGGUGCAUUUUACUCAAAUAUAAAUUACAGCGGCAGUAGUUGCAAAGCCUAAAUGGUUACUCCAUGGAGUGGGAAAUAUGUUUUUUCCCUAAUACAGUACUAUAAUUUUUGCCAUGCUAGGAUCAAACCACAGACUUGGCAACUUUUCCAUGUAAUCAAAUUCGAAUGUUUUCUUAACCAGAAUAUUCAAGAGGAUCUGUUCUUAUCAGCUCCAUGUUCCCAAACAAACUCUUUGCUGGUGUAACUUAUGGUGUCACAGCUCACAGGGGCGGAGCGAGGCCCAAUGCUGAGUGUGCUGCAGCAUGGGUCCAGCCAAGUUUAUCUUUGGUAAAUAUUUGUAGGUUUAGUCUAAAAAAUGCUAGAGUUUGGUUCAAAUUAUGGUAAUGCAGCACCUGUCUACUAGCACAGGCCUGGUUCGAACCCAUUUCUAGCACUGUUCCUUGGUGUUCACCGAUAGAUCAACCGCAUGCCUAGUUUCUCACGAGUUGUGCGGAGACCUGUCAACUUGUUAAUGUCAAUAAUGCUAGUCCAUAUUUGAACUAAUGCCAUUUUUCUGAUGCAUAAGCAUACGAAAGUUGUGUGCAAAUGCUUGUAGAUGUAGGUCGUGUGGUCUGGGGCAGGUACACCAGAUUGGCCCAGAGGGUAGAUCUUUGUGAUUGAACACUGCAGUAGCUGGCAUUUUAGAAUUAUUUAGUUUGGUUUGGGCCAUUUGGAGCUUAUUGUAUAAUCUUUUGGCUUGGUAAUAACGGUUUGGGCUGAAUAGCGUCAUCUAAGUUGGCCCACCAGCAUUUCCUGUCCAAUCACCAUAACUGUUAUUGCUGAGAUUAACACAAUAUUCUCAGUGCUGGCUUUAGUUUUUUUUUUAAAAAAGCAGUCUUUGGCAUCUUAAUUUGUGUACAUUGCUUUAGGUGAUUCUUUUAAAAGAGAGCUUUAGUUGUUUUUUUAAUAUUGUUUUCUGCUUUAGGUGGUUCCUAACCCU